AAGAGAAGCUACUGGCACAUGAAUUGUUAUGAUUACAAGUAUCUAGUUAUUUCAUCAUCAAAAGAGAAUCUGAUGACAUCAUCCUUCACAGAAGCCUGAAAUAAUAAACACACAAACCAGAGAGUGCUAUAGAACCAAUACCCAAAGAAACUACAGAGGAUGUAUCGGUGCUGGUCUGUGGAUACUCCACCAGAAGAAUUAAUGCUAUCAGACUGGUUUUUUCCCAAUGCAUCCAUGAACUUGACUACUACCAAGUGGUCAGCUCCGGUUGUGUGGCAUGGCACUUACGAUGAGGGAAUAUUGGAAAAUUAUUAUGCAAAGCAUAAAAUUACAGUGGGGUUGACUGUGUUUGCUGUGGGAAGAUACCUUCACUACUAUUUGAGAAGAUUUCUAUUAUCUGCUGAUCAGUAUUUUAUGGUUGGCCAGAAAGUCAUAAUUUAUGUCCUGACAGAUGAUUUCUCCAACAUGCCAUGGAUACCACUGAGCCCCCUCCACACAAUCAAAGUUUUUGAAAUUAAGCAAGAGAAGAGAUGGCAAGAUGUCAGUAUGAUGCGCAUGAAGACCAUCAGCGAACAUGUUGUAGAUCACAUCCAAUAUGAAGUUGACUUCCUCUUCUGCAUGGACGUGGAUCAAAUCUUCUUAAGGAAAUAUGGAUUGGAGACUCUGGGGGAGUCAGUAGCUCAGAUACAUGCUUAUUGGUAUAAUGCAAAUCCUAUAGAUGUACCUUACGAGAGAAGUCCAUUCUCAGAAGCAUAUAUACCUGUUGGUCGGGGAGAUUUUUAUUACCACGCUGCUGUAUUUGGUGGCACUCCGAUUCAGGUUCUCAGUAUUGCUAGGGAGUGCUUAAAAGGAAUCAUGACUGACAAGAGAAAUAACAUUGAAGCAGUGUGGCAUGAUGAAAGUCACUUAAACAAGUAUUUCUUUCUCCAUAAACCCACUAAACUCUUAUCACCAGAGUACUGCUGGGAUUUUCGUAGAAAACAUAAUGCUGAUAUUAAGUCUGUCAAACUCUAUUGGGCUGUUAAGAAUUAUAAAAAUCUUAGAGCAACAGUAUAAUUUUAUAGCCCUUCGUUCAUGUUUCUGAAGUUAAGAGCAUCUUUUUGUCUCAUUCCUUAGAAAGUGAGCACUUGACAAAUUUUAGCACUAACAAAAUGGCAAGCCCACCAACACAGCAUACUCAUACUUUUCCUCACAUUCAUUUUGAAUCAUAUAACAUAGGAUGUAGCAAUUGCAGAAUGAAUAUAUUGACAUCAGAUGGAAAUAUAGUGAUUUCAUAUCCUGUGUGAACGUUGAGGAACUAUUAUUUGUUGGAUCACAUUGAACAAAAUAGAAUCUGUCACAAGAAAAUGAAACCUGAAAUAUUUUUGUUGAUCCAAGUAGACAUACAUUUCUCAUAUUGUUUAAGGAAAGCGAUUAUCUAGAGGUGUGGAUAAGAGGAAGUCACUGCAACUAUAUUAGUCUACUUUCUAUAUAAAACUGUGAGGACAUUAGAGCUGCCAGCAGAUGAGCAGACAGUUACUUAGGAAACUUUGAGUCAUUCAAAAAGAACUAUGUAUUUUAAAACUACAAAGCUGUUUGUUACAAAAACUA